CAGGGGUCCCCGGGGCUCGGCCGGGCUCGGGAGGCCGGGGCCGGCGCCUCUGAGGGACAGCGCGGCCCGGGAGCCAGGAGGCCAAUGUCCCGCGGCGACUGACAAUGAAGCUAUGGAAGGUGGCGGCCCUGAUCUCGGUGCUCUGCAGCUCCAUGCUCUCGGUCUGGGUGUUCAGGGAGCUGGCCGGCAGGGACCGAAGACUUGGACCUGGUGCUCGAGCCUCGCUGCGCAGGUCUCCUCGGGCCUUGGACCCCCGCUGGGCCCUCAUCUCACAGUACCGAGCCCUGUUUGAGAGCUACACGGAGGGGGAGCUCCGGGAGCUGAUCGCGGCGCUGGUGGAGCGCUCGGGCCCGGCGGGGCACUCGGGCGGGCACGCGCUGCCCUUUCCGGGCCCGGCGGGGGCCCGGCGCAAGCGGGCCCGGCUCCGCCACCAGCCGUGCGGCCUGCGGGAGCUGGAGGUCAGCGUCAGCGAGCUGGGCCUGGGCUACGUGUCGGACGAGACUAUCCUUUUCCGCUACUGCAGCGGCACCUGCGAGGCGGCCGCCAGGAUCUACGACCUGGGGCUGCGCCGCCUGCGGCAGCAGCGCCGCGUGCGCAAGGAGAAGGUCCGGGCCCGGCCCUGCUGCCGUCCCCUGGCCUACGAGGAGGAGGUCUCGUUCCUGGACUCCCGGAACCGCUACCACACGGUCAGCGAGCUCUCGGCCAAGGAGUGCGGCUGCGUGUGAGAGCCCCGGCCUGCCUUGUCUACCUCACCGGGGGCCCCCAGGGGACCUCCCUCCCUUGCCGGCCAAGCCUGCCGAAGAAGCCGUCGCUCCGCACCCAGGCCAGGGGAAGCGCCUCAGGCAGCCGGACCAGACCCUCCGGGCCCGGGGUCAGGGCGAGGCGGAAGGGCUCCGGGCCCCUGAGACAAACAGAACGAGGACGCCCGGCUCCCCAUCCCAGGAGCCAAAGGACUCUGGCAAUGCGCGGCGGCCCCUCCGGGCCUGAUUGUAUAUACUUCACUGAGUAACGGACUGACCUUGUACAGGAAAUUAUAUUCUAUAUAUGUGAAUCUCGCAAUAUCUAUAUCUCUAUAAAAUAUCAGUGGC